AUGCAGUAUCAAGAAGAACUUACAAAAUUGCAAAAUAAUGAGUCAUUUAAAACGUUAUUCAAUAUAAACGAAGCGAUGGCAUGGCUUUGUGAGGAAACAGAAAUCAAAUACCCAAAUUUAACCAAAUGUGCAAGAAAACUUUUACCACCGUUUUUAUCUUCACAUUUAGCUGAAUAUAGAUUUAGUACUGAAACUGGAACUAGAUUUAGUACUAAAGAAAUCGGCUAA